AUGGAUCGGUACCGGCCACGGCUGCACCCCGCGGCGCAGGGCUCGGCCGCCGGAGCCCCCUAUCCCUCCUCCGCCUCGUUCCGCAGCUGCCGGGACAGCAAGAUGCCGCGCAGGAAGGGCCUCCAGCACCCUCCGCCGCCCGGAGGCCCCGAGGAGCCUGGAGAGAAACGCCCUAAGUUUCAUUUAAAUAUUAGGACACUGACAGAUGAUAUGCUGGACAGAUUUGCCAGCAUAAGAAUUCCAGGGAGCAAGAAAGAAAGGACUCCACUUUCCAACCUGAAGACUGCAUUUUCAAGCAAUGAUUGCUCUUCAGAGAUGAAUGAAAACAUUCCAAAGCCACUGUCAGAGAAGGAAAUCUUAGAGCUAUUUGAAAAGAUGAUGGAAGAUAUGAAUUUAAAUGAAGAUAAAAAGGCACCAUUGCGGGAAAAGGACUUCAGUAUCAAAAAAGAAAUGGUGAUGCAGUACAUUAAUACUGCUUCCAAGACAGGAAGUGUUAAGAGUAGUCGACAGAUCUCACCUCAGGAAUUCAUCCAUGAACUGAAGAUGGAGUCUGCAGAUGAAAGGCUCUUCACGUGCCUGGAGUCCCUCCGCGUGUCUUUGACGAGUAAUCCCGUGAGUUGGGUGGAGAGCUUUGGACAUGAGGGGCUUGGAUUAUUACUGGACAUUUUGGAAAAGCUGAUUAGUGGCAAAAUACAAGAAAAAAUGAUAAAGAAGAAUCAGCACAAAGUCAUACAGUGUCUAAAGGCCUUGAUGAACACCCAGUAUGGCUUGGAAAGAAUUAUGAGUGAAGAGAGGAGUCUUUCUUUGUUAGCCAGAGCCAUUGAUCCUGAGAAGCCCAGUAUGAUGACGGAUGUGGUUAAACUCCUUUCUGCAGUGUGCAUUGUAGGGGAGGAAAGCAUCCUUGAAGAAGUUUUAGAAGCUUUAACAUCAUCUGGAGAAGAAAGAAAAAUUGACAGAUUUUCUUCUAUUGUGGAAGGUCUUCGGCACAAUUCAGUUCAAUUGCAAGUAGCAUGUAUGCAGCUUAUCAAUGCCCUUGUUACAUCUCCUGAUGAUUUGGACUUCAGGCUUCACAUCAGAAAUGAAUUUAUGCGUUGUGGAUUGAAAGAGAUAUUGCCAAAUUUAAAGCGUAUUAAGAAUGAUGGCCUGGAUAUCCAACUUAAAGUCUUUGACGAGCAUAAGGAAGAGGAUUUGAUUGAGUUCUUCCAUCGCCUCGAAGAUGUUAGAGCUGAACUUGAUGAAGCGAAUGAUCUUCACAACAUGGUGUGGAACACAGUUAAGGAAACCAGAGCAGAGGGAUAUUUCAUUUCAAUUCUGCAGCAUCUUUUGCUGAUUCGAAAUGAUUAUUUUAUAAGGCAACAGUACUUCAAAUUAAUUGAUGAGUGUGUAUCCCAGAUUGUACUGCAUAGAGAUGGGAUGGAUCCAGACUUCACAUAUCGAAAAAGACUAGACUUAGAUUUAAGUCAGUUUGUUGAUAUUUGCAUGUAUCAGGUGAAACUAGAAGAGUUUGAAGAGAAAGCAUCAGAACUUAACAAGAAAUUUGAAAAAGAGUUUACCGACCACCAAGAAACUCAGGCUCAAUUGCAGAAAAAAGAGGCGCAGAUUAACGAGCUUCAAGCAGAGUUACAAGCUUUUAAAUCACAGUUUGGUGCCUUGCCACCGGGUACCUAUUUGCCUUCUUCAAAAGAAAAUGGAACUGGCCACGCAGCACUUCCUCCACCGCAGCCACUGCCCUCUUGUGGAGGCUUGCCCCCUCCCCCCCCACCUGCACCCCCUCCCCCCCCACCUGCACCCCUUCCCCUUCCAGGAAUGCCCAUGCCAUUUGGUGGUGGUCCUGUGCCUCCACCACCUCCCCUGGGAUUUCUCUGUGGACGAACCUCUCCCCCACCACCAACCCUGCCUUUUGGGUUAAAACCAAAGAAAGAAUUUAAACCGGAGACCAGCAUGAGAAGAUUGAAUUGGUUAAAGAUCAGACCUCAGGAAAUGACUGAAGACUGUUUCUGGGUAAAAGCAAAUGAAAAUAAGUAUGAAAAUGUGGAUUUGCUUUGUAAACUUGAGAAUAUGUUUUGUUGCCAACCAAAAGAGAGAAGAGAAGAAGAUUUUGAAGAGAAGAAAGCUAUUAAGAGAAGAAUUAAAGAACUUAAAUUUCUAGAUUCUAAAGUUGCCCAGAACCUUUCAAUCUUCCUGAGUUCUUUUCGGGUGCCAUAUGAGGAAAUCAAAAUGAUGAUAUUGGAAGUGGAUGAAACACAGUUGGGAGAAUCUAUGAUUCAGAACUUAAUGAAGCAUCUUCCUGAUCAAGAACAGUUAAAUUCACUGUCUCAGUUCAAGAGUGACUAUAACAACUUAUGUGAACCCGAGCAGUUUGCUGUUAUGAUGAGCAAUGUGAAGAGACUACGGCCACGGCUCAGUGCUAUUCUCUUUAAGCUUCAGUUUGAAGAGCAGGUGAACAACAUCAAACCUGACAUCAUGGCUGUCAGUACUGCCUGCGAAGAGAUAAAGAAGAGCAGGAGCUUUAGCAAGUUGCUGGAACUUGUGUUGCUAAUGGGAAACUACAUGAAUGCUGGCUCCCGGAAUGCUCAAACCUUCGGAUUUAACCUUAGCUCUCUCUGUAAACUAAAGGACACAAAAUCAGCAGAUCAGAAAACAACACUACUACAUUUUCUUGUGCAAAUAUGUGAAGAAAACUACCCUGAUAUCCUCAAUUUUGUGAAUGAUUUGGAACAUUUGGACAAAGCUAGUAAAGUUUCUGUAGAAACGCUGGAAAAGAAUUUGAAGCAGAUGGGAAGGCAGCUUCAACAGCUUGAGAAAGAUUUGAAAAUCUUUCCCCCUCCUGAGGACUUGCAUGAUAAGUUUGUGACAAAGAUGUCCAGCUUUGUUAUCAGUGCAAAAGAACACUAUGAGAAACUUUCAAAAUUACAUGAAAACAUGGACAAGUUAUACCAGAGUAUAAUGGGGUACUAUGCCAUCGAUGUGAAGAAGGUGUCUGUGGAAGACUUUUUGACUGAUUUGAAUAACUUCAGAACCAUGUUCAUGCAAGCAAUGAAGGACAAUUUCAAAAAAAGAGAAGCAGAGGAAAAAGAAAAACGUGCCAGGAUAGCCAAAGAAUUGGCAGAGAAGGAAAGACUUGAACGCCAACGAAAGAAAAAGCGCCUAUUAGAAAUGAAGACUGAGGGUGAUGAGACAGGAGUGAUGGAUAGUCUGCUGGAGGCCUUGCAGUCGGGGGCUGCCUUCCGCGACCGAAGGAAAAGGACACCGAAGCCGAAAGAUAUUCGGCGAAGUCUCAGUCCAGCGUCUCAGCCUGUUCUGAAAGUUUGUAACCAUGAAAAUCAGAAGUUGCAGUUGACAGAAGGGUCACAUUCACACUACAGUAUCAAUUGCAGCUCCACAAGGACUGCAGUCACCAAGGAGCUUAAUUAUAAUCUAGACACUCACACGUCUACCGAGAGGAUCAAGGCAGCUGAGAAGAAGGAAGCCUGUAAUGUAGAAAGCAACAGAAAAAAGGAAAUGGAACUUCUUGGCUCUGUUUCUAAAAACGAAUCCAUUCCCGAAGUUGAAGCCCUGCUGGCAAGAUUACGAGCUUUAUAAAUUAAAGUGGUAAAAAUGAUUAAGCCAAAUAUAAAGCCAUGCUCUAAGCUAUACCACUUGAAAAAAUUGCUUCUUAUAUAAGUGACUUUAUAUGGUUUUAAUUUAUGAUAUAUAUUAGAAAAAUAAAACUCAAUACAUGAUUGUAGUGGUUUUCCUAUGUACUUGAGGUCUUGGCUUAUUCAAGAUUGUAAUGGGCUUUAAUGCUUUUUUUGUCUCCUGGUGUUCAUGUGUUCUGUAUUUGGUGGUUGAAUUUUCAUAUAAUGCUUUAGAGAGCAGGUAGGUGGCCAUGUGUUCAGCAGUGUGUCCUUAAGAAAAUACCAUCUUCCCAAGUCACCGUAAUUUUUACUUUAGUAUUUUCCAACAUUAAUGAACAUCAAAUCAUCAACCUCAAGUCUUGCUACAUACCCCAUGUAUAUUUCGUUUAUGGUAUUUAUAUAGGCCCAGGUUUCUCUUUAAUUGGGAUCUGUAUGCUAUCAGCGUAGCACGGAAAACAUAAAACUGAAUAUAACAUCUAUGAGGAAAUGAUUGGUAAGCUCAUUAUCAUCAUUGUUGAAUUCAUGUUAAUUAGACCCUGUAGGAGACUAUACAGCAAUUGAACACAGUUCCAAAAAUGAUAAAUAGGAAUAUAUGCUCUCUUUGCAAAAUGUACAUGCCUUUGUAUAAAGUGGGUGCACACAGUAUUACAGUGCUGUGGAAACUCUUAGCCGGGAGAGCAUUCCCCCCGCGCCACCCCGCCCCCCCACCCAGUAAUUAUGACUCUAGGAUCGAAUUGCCAUUUUGAAACUUCCCAAGUAAGGAAUUUUUUUAAUUUCUGUGAACAAACUAGAAAUUGCAGAUUCUCUGAUGUGACAAUCAAUAACUUUAACAAAGAUCUGAAGUGUUUCAAGGAAAGCUUUCCUAUGCAAAUGUUGCAAUUUUUCCUCACUGGGGGCAUAAAAUUAACUCUGUUAAUUCUAUAUCAAAGAAAAUAAACUUGUUACUUGCACUAAAUGAAAAUAAUU